CCCACGACAAUCGAUCACUCAAUCCUGCACUUCCAGCGAUGGAGCCCUGUCUGUGGUUCCUCACUCUCUCCCUCAGCCUCCUCCUCCACGCUGCUGAUGUCACAGGAACAACCUGCGGUCCGGUGGAUCCGAUCUCGGGAGGGAGGUCCUCCAGUGCCUCCAGUCCCCGGCCGGGCGGAGUGUUGGAGUACCACUGUCCGGUCGGCUUCCGUCCCUUCCCUGUCGCCUGGAGGGUGUGUAUGCAGUCCGGACGCUGGAGCCCUCUGCGCAAUGCACAGAGGGAGAGGUCGCAGACUGCCCAGUGCCGACCGUACCGGUGCGUGAGCCCAAUGCUCCUACAGCACGGAUACUUCCAGCCGCGCCUCCUGCAGUACCGCGUCAACCAGACGGUACAGUUUAUCUGCAACCAGGGCUUUGCGCUCCUUGGCUCCCCCACUCGGACCUGCCUCGCUAAUGGGCGCUGGAGCGGAAAUGCUGUUAUCUGCUACGCCGGAGCAGAUUCGCUUUGCCCUGAUCCGGGGAUCCCGCUUGGGGGAAGCCGCAAAGUGAGGGGGUUCGAUGAGGGCGACACCGUCUCCUACCUGUGCUCUUCCGGCCUGGUGCUGAGAGGCUCUCGGACCAGGACCUGCCUCCCCACUGGCAGGUGGAGUGGGAGGGAGACCACCUGUGAGAGUUGGUAUGCCUUUGAUUUUCCCAAGGAUGUGGCCAACCAUUUGACCCUCUCUGAAGAAAUUCUGGGCCAUGCUAAGCAAGGUGUACACAUCUACUUCCUCCUGGACGCAUCUGGCAGCGUGGGCGAGGAGAAUUUUCAGAAGACCCUGGAAUUCGUUGCUACGUUCAGCGAGAAGACACACGACGUUUCGAACCGUGUACAGUUCCGCGCUGUCUGCUUCGCCUCCCGUGUCCUGUUCGAGGUCAGUUCAUCCUCCGAGCCCCUGUUCGCCGAGGAAUUCCACAACUUCAACUACACAGCCUACCUCUCCGAGAUGGGUACGAACAUCAGUGGGGCGUUGGACCACACCCUGGGAUACAUCAGGCAGGCCGUGUCUGCAUCUUCUCUGGAAACUCUUGCCCGACAAAUCAUCAUCCUUCUCACUGACGGGAGACAUAACGUGGGCAGGAAUCCAGUAGAAGUUGUGAAGAAGAUUAAGGAGUUGGUGCCCAGGGCUGAGGAGAACCUCGAUAUAUUUGCCAUUGGGAUCGGUGAUGGGAACAAGGAGGAGCUUGAGCAACUUGUCACUAGCCAGGAUGAACCACGCACUUUUUACUUUGCCAACUACAACCAACUACAGGAGCUCACCCAACUCACCAGGAGGCCAGAGGGGGACAUUCCCAUGGGCUGUGGGAUGAGAGGGCGAAGACGCAGUCAGCGAGAGGUCGCUCGUGUUUACGGGGGAGAGGACGCAGAGGAGAAACAGUGGCCCUGGCAAAUACGCCUUCAAAUAAGGGGGCAGAAUGGCUAUUGUAUGGGUGCCGGCUCGAUCAUUUCCAAGAAGUGGAUCCUCACAGUAGCUCACAACCUCUUUGAUGAGCAGCUUCUCACCCCUGCGGAAAUCCAUGUCUUUGUCGGAGAGUUGAAAAGACGCAGCAGGAAUCCGAAGGAGGUCACGGAACUGCAUGUGCAUCCUUCAUACAAUAACACGCAUGCUAUUCUCACUCAAGAUUAUUCCUACGACAUUGGUCUUCUGCGAUUGGAGGAGGAUUUACAGUUCAGUGACCAAAUCAGGCCUGUCUGUCUACCCUGCACGAAGGAAGUCUCUGAAUUUCUCCCGGCACCAGAGGGUGACUGGACAGAUCAGUGCUCUUACCAAGACCGUGUCCUAACAGGCUACAGUGGGAGCGAGUGGAGAGAGAUCUCAGGGUACAUCUCAGGUUGGGGCCUCACGGAAAAAGGGAAAAUCUCAAAAGUUCUCAAGUAUGGGAAAAUCUCCAUCAAGCCCCGUGACCAGUGUUUGAGGAAUAACCUUGAUCUGAGUCAGAUCUGUGCCAAAGGAGAUGGGGUGGACACUUGUGCUGGAGAUUCUGGCGGUCCUUUCUCAAUCAAAAUUAAGCAGAGAUGGAUUCAGAUCGGGAUUGUCAGUUCGGGGACCACUGCACAGUGCAGUGCCAACUACAUGGGUUACUACACCAACGUUGCACGCAUGAUGGACUGGGUUAGGACUGUCGUGACAGACCUUGCCUACAGUUAACAAGUUUUGAAAACGCUCCUCAAAGUACACACAGAAUGAUAAAGAAAUCGUUGAUCUACGAAGCCUCACACCUCACCCCCUCAAUGCACAGUCGAAACACUAACCUACUUCCGGGGAGAGAUAUGUACACUGACCAGUGUCUCUCAGUCCCUCUCACUCUGGGAUAACGCCCAACCCUUUCCUCCCCCACUCUAUCCUCCCCCCAUCCCUCUGCUCCAAUACCUCUGUUCCCCACUCUCUACCCUCUGCCCCUCCCCUCCCAUUUCCUUCUUCCCCUCCCCCUUGUCUCCCCCCCGUGCCCUCCAAUCCCCUCUUCCCCCUCCUCUCUUCCCCCACUUCCCACCCCCCAACCUCAUUUUGAGACUGGAUAUUACUGUUUGAAACUCUCUGUAUCAUUAAAUAAUUUGGAACAGAACUUGUGAGUGCUUCUGGAAGAACAUGGGUGACUUCUCUACCCUUCUCGAUCCCCUCCCUCACCCUCAUUCUCAUGAACCUCCUCUGGACCCUCUCCAAUGCCAGCACAUCCUCCCUUAGAUACAGGGCCCAAAGCUGCUCUUAAAGCCUCAGCAUUGCAUCCUGGCUUUUAUAUUCUAGUCCUGUCGAAAUGAGUGCUAUCAUUUAACUUGCCUUCCUCACCACCGCAUCAACCUGCAAGUUAGCCUUUAGCGAGUCCUACACAAGGGCUCCCCAGUCCCUUUGCUCCUCUGAUCUUUGAAUAUUAUCUCCAUUUAGAGAAUAGUCUGCCUUAAGGGACCACAAACUUCCCUGCACAGCGUUCCAUCUGCUACUUCUUUGCCCAUUAUAUAUAUAUGUGUGUGUGUGUGUGUGUGUAUAUAUAUAUAUAUAUAUAUAUACACACACAUACACACUACGCAUGUACACACACAGAACUGAACCCCUCACACAACCCAAA